UCUCUCGCACUGGGGAGGGGAGGGCGUGAGGAGCUGCAGAGCUGUCUCUCUCUGCCUCUUACCCAGAGCACCUGGCAGAGGCUUAGCGGACGUGAGGGGCGCGAAUGGGCAGAGCAGAAUCUCUAGAAGGGAAGAUGAGCACCCAGGAUCCUUCAGAUCUGUGGAGCAGGUUGGAUGGAGACGCUGAGCUGUUUCAGGACUUGGGGUGGUACCAUGGCAACCUCACCAGACAUGCAGCCGAGGCUCUUCUCCUCUCCAAUGGAUGGGAUGGGAGCUACCUUCUGAGGGACAGCAAUGAAAAGACUGGGCUGUACUCUCUCUCUGUGAGAGCCAAAGACUCUGUCAAACACUUUCAUGUUGAAUACACUGGAUAUUCAUUUAAAUUUGGCUUUAAUGAAUUCUCAUCUUUGAAGGAUUUUGUCAAGCAUUUUGCAAAUCAGCCUUUGAUUGGAAGUGAGACAGGCACUCUGAUUGUUCUGAAACAUCCUUAUCCAAGAAAAGUGGAAGAACCGUGCAUUUAUGAAUCUGUCCGGGUUCACACAGCAAUGCAGACAGGACGAACAGAAAACGACCUGGUGCCCAGUGCCCCUUCUCUGGGCACCAAAGAAGGUUACCUUACCAAACAGGGGGGCCUCGUCAAGACCUGGAAAACGAGGUGGUUCACUUUGCACAGGAAUGAACUGAAAUACUUCAAAGACCAGAUGUCACCAGAACCAAUUCGGAUCCUAGAUUUAACAGAAUGUUCGGCUGUACAAUUUGAUUAUUCACAGGAAAGGGUAAACUGUUUUUGCUUAGUAUUUCCAUUCAGGACAUUUUAUCUCUGUGCAAAGACAGGAGUAGAAGCUGACGAGUGGAUCAAGAUAUUACGCUGGAAGUUGUCUCAAAUAAGAAAACAGCUUGAUCAAGGGGAAGGCACAAUCCGAUCUCGGUCAUUCAUCUUUAAAUAGACAGACCUUCCUCGACAAGGGGUGCCCUGACCCAGGAGCAGGGUGGAAUGUUCCUGAUGCUGUGAUCCCCAGCAGGCUUCAGAUGAAAGUUAAGGAUUUUUCUGUGGAAACAAAUCAAAAGCAGAUGCAUAUUUGGACCUUUCAGAAGACACAUUUUCUGACUCACGGAAAACUGCUGCCCUUCGAGAUCGUGCCAUCUUGCUGAGAAUACCGAAGCCUCCUCGUUCUGAUGGAUGGAUGAACCACUGCAAACCAGGGUGCUCGACGUUAGAACACACAAUGGGAGAUGGUUUUUGUUUUCUCUCAUUGUUGUCCGCAAGUUGGUUGACAUUAGUUACCUGAAGUCCCACUCUGCACCAUGGUCAGCUCAUCUGACUUCCAAGUUUUGCUGUUAACCAGGAAAGAAACUGCUACAUAUGUAGCCUGAAGUUUAGACUGCUUCUUCAGAAAGUGUAUUGAGAUAGCAAAUGUCCAAUAUUGGGGAGGGGGAACAGUGUUGUUUUUACUUUUCUUCCCCUCUUUAUGCAAAAAACAAUUUCCAAAAUUAAAAUGGAAAAUGUUUGUAGUAUUUAUUUUCUUUUUGUAAAAGACUCAGAUAUCAACUGGGUCCUUUCUUCCCUUCUAAUGGUAAACCUGUGAGAACUAAAUCUCCUAUGGGCUAUUGGGCAGGAUGAUAAAGAUAACGGAAGGUACAAUCUUAAAAAAGCAUAUCUUUUACUCAUUCUGGGGGAAAUAUUUUAAAGAGUGAGACAACAUAAAUUGAGGAAGAGUAAUGAAGUAGCAGAUAACUUGUAGUUUAAAUUAUAAUCAUGAUAAUUAUUAUUAUAACAAUAAUAGAGUACUCAUAAGUACCAAGUUAUCUUCAUCCAACACUUCUGAAACUUCUGAAAGAAACUUCUCAAGGAGAGUGUGUUAUAACAAUCCGUUCCCCAGAGUGAGAGGUAGGUAUUGGCCUAAGAGAAGUAAGAUGUACCUUGCAUCGCGGGGAGCACCCUCCGCCUUAUUCAAGAGCAACUUCUUUUGCCUACUGAGGGAGCAACACUAAAUCGACAGGCAAAGUGUAACGAUGUGUUUGUUGCACAGCGUUUUCUAGCUAGAAUAAGGGGAUUGAAAUAGGGGGAUGAGAUACGGGCAUCCAGAGCUCCUAAAUAGAUUCUAACCCUUUCUAUUAUCUUUAUUAAUACUGCUUUCUUAGAUUGAAGUUUGAAGGGAGAUAAAAGUAGAGGAAGAACCCAAAUAAAAAUGCUGUGGGGCAAAGCUAUGACACUUCUCUUGCAAUCUAAAGUGCUACCUUGUUAAAUAUGUUUCUUCUGUUGUUUAAACAUCUAGGACUCAGAAGUUACAUUAAAUUCUUGUAUGUUUCAACGUUUUUAAUGUACUUUGUAAUGUUUUUACACACUGGAUAAGGCAAAUAAGUUAAAAUAUAGUGUCAAGUUUGCAAAGUAAGGAGUUAGACAUAAACCUUCACUGAGAUGAACAGUUUUAUGUUUUGUUUUCUUAGAUCUAAGGGUGUUUGUGUAGGUAACAUUGUUUUUACUUUCUGUAAAAUACAUCAUGUUUAUUUAUAUUGUUUGGUUAUGUUUAUUAAAAAGAGCAUCAUUUUGCUGUGC